AUGCUGGUGACCUAUUUGGAAGCCAGCCGGGACCUUUGCGAGACGGACUCUAUUCUUUUUGGCGCCGAACUGGCAGUCUGCCGUAUUAUAGGCGCCAAACUUUCCACGGCUGGACGCACUACUGGACAAAGUUGUGCUAUCCCAGCCUGGAGAACAAGAAUUGAAGAACGUAUCGCAAAGACUAGGGCCCUCAUCGGCAGACUGAUAUGCUUCAGGUCAGGCAAUACCAGGCCAAGGAUUGCGCGCACCGUCAGGAUGGCGUUUGCUGGGACAAAUGUGAUGUGGCUGGUAGCCGCUGUUCUCGCGGUGGCUUCACUGCGGGCUUGUGCAACGCCAUGUACCGAGGCUCGAACUCGAUGCGCCUACCGCACGGGGUGCGGUUACGCGCUGAACAACUAUAUGUACUUAUGCAGCGACGUGUUGUCCGAACCCACCAGCGUCUGCCCCAAACCCUGCGAACAUGCGCUCAUUGCGCUAACUUCGACUGAAGAGGGAAAGGAGCUUAUGAAUUGCCAGUGCGAGGACGAAUAUUGCGUGGAAGCGAAGCAAAGGAUUGACAUAUGUCGAUCUCAGGUUUUGAACGGCGCAGCAAAUGCUACAUCAUCGUGCCGUCUCUCUCAGCUGAUUUGUCUUGCUGACGCCCAAUGUUCCACGGCUCUGAGCUACUAUCGCCAGCUCUGCCGUUCAAUGUACCGCGGUCGAAAGUGUUCAAAUCGGUGCCUCAAUUCCAUAGAAAUAUUAAAGAAGCAAGAAAAGGCCGCAGCGUUAACAGAAUGCCGCUGUGACGGUGACGAAGAUUUCGAUUGCCCAAGGAUGCAAAGCAACCUUGCUAGGCUAUGCUUCCAUAAGCACCAAAAGAAUAAUACUAGAACACACAAGAAAACCCCGCAUGAAGAAACGUCAUCGGCUACUACUAUAACUUUCACACCAGCGUCAAGUAUCCUAGGGCUAAUUUGUAUGUUCUAUUGGUUUACGUUUACGUAA